GGCGCAUGCAACUAGCACGAUACCGGUGUUGGAAGUAGGUAUUUCAAGCUGUCAGAUGAGCUUUCAAUCUGUGUUUGAUUAGUCGUUAGGAAUGGCCCCUCAAUAUGAUGUCAUCGUCUUGGGUGCAGGAGUCAGUGGUUUGUCAGCCGCCAAGCUUCUGAAUGCCCAGGGACAGAAUGUACUUGUUCUUGAGGCCAGGGAUCGAGUUGGGGGACGCACCUACACAAAGAGGGAUCCCUCAUUUCAAUAUGCAGAUAUGGGAGGAUCUUAUAUAGGCCCCUCCCAGAAGCGCAUAUCUAAGCUCGCUAAUGAGCUAGGGUUGAACCUCCAUCAAGUCAACGACAAUGAAAGAGCUGUUUUCAUGGACAAGGGUAAGGUGUUGGCGUACAGAGAUUUUCCUCGAAUCUACAACCCGUUUGCUCUGAUGGAUUUUAAUCAUUUCUGGAGGACUGUGGAUAAUUAUUGUAGACAGGUCCCCUUGUCAGCACCAUGGGACUGCCCUAGAGCCACAGAAUGGGACUCCAUCACCACUCAGGAGUUCAUUAACAAGACAUGCUGGACGAGGUUUACUAAAGCCAGCGCUGAGGCCAUGAUUAGGAUGACAUUUGCCAAUGAGCCCAGAGACAUGUCCUUUCUGUUCUUCCUUUGGUACAACAGGAGUGGUGGAAAUGCCUACACCCAUAUGGCAACAAGUGAUGGAGCACAGGAGAGUAAGAUUGUUGGUGGAUCGAUGCAGGUCACAGAGCGUAUUGCAGACAUUCUGGGUACAGAUCAUGUGUUGCUCAACAAGCCUGUUUCCAAAGUAACUCAACAUGAGGAUGGAAGCAUUACGGUAGCAACGCUUGAUGGUGACAGCUACAACUGUGCGCAUGUUAUUAGCGCUGUACCCCAAGCUCUGAUUGGUCGAAUCACAUUCUCACCUCCAUUACCCUCGCUAAGGAACCAGUUCAUCCAGCGGAUUCCGAUGGGAUCUUGUAUCAAAGUGCUGUUGUAUUACAAGACACCAUUCUGGAGAGAGCUGGAUUUCUGUGGUGAUCUGUGUGGUACAGAGCUACUGGCUGAAGCUCAUGAUGACACCAAGCCAGACGGUUCCUAUCCAGCUCUUGUAGGAUUCUUGAAUGCUGAUAAUGCCAGGAAGUACUGCAUGGAAACCCCAGAGAAAAGAGCAAGUAUGGUAGCUGAGGUAUACUCCAAAGUCUUCAAAUCGAAUCAAGCGCUUAAUCCUGUAGCUACAGUGGAACAGAACUGGAUGGCAGAGCAGUAUUCUGGUGGCUGUUAUAUGGGAGCCACUGCCCCUGGUGUCUUGACAACAAUGGGGAGAGUAAUCCGAACUCCGGUUGGUAAGGUUUACUUUGCCGGUACCGAGACAGCAACUAGAUGGAGUGGUUACAUGGAUGGUGCUGUCCAGGCUGGAGAAAGGGCAGCCAGAGAGGUGCUAUGUGCAAAGGGAAUGUUGAAUGAGAAUGAAAUAUGGGAGCCCGAACCUGACCCAGAGAAUGAUGGAGUGACCAACAAUCCCUAUGCCAACAGUCUCUUCCUACGUACAGUUCCAUCAGUCUCAACUUUCCUCAAACUAGUGGGAGGUUCCGUGACCAUCGGGACAGUGGCUGCUCUACUUUACCUACACAAAGAUAGAGUAUCGCAGUUGUUCUCCAAAUAAGAUUUUUGUUUCUACUUUUUUCCCCUAUAAAUCAUGGCUGAUGUAGAUUUUAUCUUUGGUGCUGGAAUAUAAUUCAAUAUCUGUAAAGAAUGCUAUUAAUGACUGGACAUGUAAUUCUUACAUUUUUAUAUUUAUGAUAAUUAGUAUAAUAAAUGAAAUGCAAGCGCUUAUGGCGCUGAAAUUGUUCAUGUCACUUUAACCCUCCUACUGUGUGACCAUUUGUUAACAUGUGGUUUUGAAAUGAUAGAUACACUAUGCCAACACGCAAUGUGAUAUGUGCUAACAUUUCUACACAGUAUAGUUUUGUGUAUAGUUGUGUAACCCUACAUAACCUGUGCGGUUGAAUGGUUUUGAAUGGUUGGUCCAGAGCAAGUUCAAUCAAGGCACUAAAGUUGACUAUUGGCCACGAUUGGGCGAUUUUGCUUGGUACCCAGGAUGUAUUUCAUGCGUAGGUAACCAUGGAACAUUGACUAGUGGUUGACAAAUGGUCGUUGAUCGAACUUGCUCCAACUCGCUGGAGAAUGUUACCAAGGGGGUCGAGUAGGAGGAAAAGAGAUUUGUUCUGCCUGAACUGUGUGAGUCCACUUUCUGCUGGUUCAAUUUGUGAAUUGUUAUUAAUAAGUCAUUUGAAAACUUGAAUAAUCAGGACCAAUGUGUGACUGUCUGUUUGUAUUUUGCAUAUGAAUGGGUGUUUGUUUUUUAGAAUAUUUUGUUUGUUACAAAAUGACACUUGCCCUGCAUAUGUGUCAUAACCCUUUCUAGCCAGCUCAAAAUCCCAUGACAAAAUAUAGAGUUUCCAUCAAUCGGCUAUUCAGCUGGUCUUUUUAACUCUUGUUGACCAGUUGUUCGUUGAUCUAUUCAGGCAUGCUUUUAAUCUUCCAACCUCUUGGAAGAUGUGGAGAUACUGGACACUAUUGGUAAUUGUCAAAGACUAGUCUUCUCACUUGGUGUAUCUCAACAUAUGCGUACAAAA